UUUGUUUUUAAACGUUUUCGUACAAACAGUAUUUAGUUGUCGGAGAUGUAAACAUGUAUUUGAUGUAUCACUUAUCGUAUCACUAAUGAUCGUCUGUUUGAUGUUUUUUAUUUUUAUAAAAUCUUACAAAACUAUUAUACGACUGAGUGUGUUUUUUUAGACAAUGUUACAUUACCUUAUAUUUUUAUAAGAAUAUCCUUCAAUGGCUAGUGACAACGAAAAAAGUUUAAGUAAUUAUAAUACAGAUGGUUCUCUAAAGAAUAAUAAGAAGAAGAGUAACAGUGGAUUCACUGGUGCAGACAAAUUUAACCAGGGUGCACAACCGCCUAUUGGUAAAGGAGGGCGACAUCUAUCCAUACCAUUUGAUACUUCAGCUGCUAAUGGUGAUUUAACAAAAAAACAGAAUGGUUCGGCCGUGCGUACAAACAGCCUGGGUUCCGGCGCGCGCACACCGCCCGCGGAACGAACCAAAUCAAAGUUCUCGGCGUUUGGUAGACUAUUCAAACCAUGGAAGUGGAAACGAAAAAAGAAGUCCGAAAAGUUCGAAGCUGCUUCUAGAACCUUAGAAAGAAAAAUAUCCGUCCGAGCGAAUAGAGAUGAGUUAGUUCAAAAAGGAAUUCUUCUACCGGAGAGUCCAGUGACUCCUGUACCCGAAGCGAACGAGGAGCCCGCGUACGGCGAGGAGGCGCGGGUGGAGCGCGAGCGCGAGUGCGUGCCGGAGCGCGGCGGCGCGCACGCGGCACUGCAGGCGCAGCUGGCGGCGCAGCUGGCGGCGCAGCAGGCCGCGCUCGCCGCCGCCGUCGCCGCGCACCACCACCACCAGAACAACAACGUCAUCGUGUAUAGGGGUUAUGUAGGAAGUCUAGAUCGAGUGUCGGGUGGUGACAGGGGCGCUGCGGCGCGGCGAGGGGCGCGGGCGGGCGGCGGCCCGGCGCGCGCCUCAGUGCUGGCCCGCCCGCGCCCGCGCCCGCCCGCGCUCCGAGCCCGCAGUCCUAACCUCACUCGAUAG